AUGAUCCUUCCUUCCAUCGUCUUCCUGUCUCUCGUUUCCUACGCUUUUGUUCUGGCAUUCCCCUCUUUCCCCCCAAUCGUUCAACUUCGCGCACUUCCAGAUUCUCCUUCAGGGAACUACUCCCCUAGCAUUGUGACAUGUCCUCAAGAUCGCCCCAUACUGCGCACUGCGGCUUCACUGUCACGAGAGGAGUUGUCUUGGCUUCAUCUGCGCCGAAAUGCCACCACCAACCCGAUCAUCCAGUUUCUAGACAAGUCUUCAAUUACCGACUUUGACAUUCAAAAGUUCCGUUCUCAAAUCCUCAGCGACCAUUUGGAUCUCCCACGGGUCGGAAUCGCAUUCUCUGGGGGUGGCUACCGUGCCCUCAUGAACGGAGCAGGAUUCCUCUCCGCAGCUGACGACCGAACUGUGAAAACAACAUCCAAAGACGGUAUUCACGGCCUUCUUCAGGCCGCUACAUACGUCUCCGGACUGUCUGGAGGGAGUUGGCUAGUGGGCUCCAUAUACAGCAAUAACUUCUCUACUGUGCAGGAUAUUCAGGCAAAAGCUUGGGCUUUCGAUCACGAUAUCUUCCAUGGACCGGCGAAACGUGGUCUCUCUGCCGUAAACACCGCCGAGUACUGGUCUGAAUUAGCUACUGAGGUCUCGUUUAAGGCCGAGGGCUGGGAUACGUCGCUUACGGACUACUGGGGCCGUGCUCUCAGCUACCAGCUGAUUAACGACAACGAGGGCGGGCCCUCCUAUACUUUCUCUUCCAUCGCUCGCUCAGAGAACUUCCUGUCAGGUUCUAUCCCUUUCCCUAUCCUCGUAGCCGACAGUCGUGCACCAGGCCAGACCAUCGUCAGUACCAAUUCCACCAUCUACGAGUUCAACCCUUUUGAGAUGGGCUCCUGGGAUCCAACAACCUACGGAUUUGCGCCUCUUCGCUAUAUCGGGUCGAACUUCUCUGCGGGUGUCGUGCCUAAGGACGGCGUAUGUGUGGAGGGUUUCGAUCAGGCUGGCUUCGUCAUGGGUACAUCCUCUACCCUGUUCAACCAGUUCCUUCUCCAGAACCUGUCCAGCUACACGGAGAACCUCCCUCUUUUCUUGAACGAAACUCUCUUCAACGUGCUGGAUGCCCUCAGCGAAGGCAGCAACGACGUUGCGCAGUACUCGCCUAACCCCUUUCGGGACUGGCAGCCUGCCGCAAACCCGAACGCCAACUCCCCUCAGUUGACAUUGGUCGACGGCGGUGAGGACCUCCAGAACCUACCUCUAUCCCCGCUUCUGCAACCCGAUCGUGCUGUAGACGUUAUCUUUGCCAUCGACUCUUCUGCGGAUACCGCGACCAACUGGCCCAACGGCACUGCGCUUCGCGCCACAUACGAGCGAUCUCUAUCCCCCAUUGCAAACAGCACCCUAUUUCCUGCGAUCCCCGACGCCGAGACAUUUAUAAAUAUGGGACUGAACAAGCGUCCUACGUUCUUCGGCUGCGACACGACAAAUUUUACCCUAUCCAAGGACCAGUCUCCGCCGCCCCUGAUAGUUUACAUUCCCAACGCACCGUAUGUGGCUGCUUCCAAUGUGUCGACUUUCGACCCAAGCUAUAAGACAGGGCAGCGUGAUGCAAUCAUAUUGAACGGAUACAACGCGGCUACUCAGGGCAAUGGUACGCUGGACUCGGAGUGGCGCGUAUGUGUCGGCUGUGCUAUGGUGUUGCGCAGCAUGGAUCGAGCUCAGGAGCAGCUGCCAGGUGCUUGCGCAAAUUGCUUCCGGCGAUACUGCUGGAAUGGAACGUUGGAUCAUCGACCUGUGACGGCGUAUGAGCCUGGUUAUAUCAUCGGUAAUAUGAUGACAGCUGAGAGUACUGCAGCUGUGGCCCCGUUCGGGGCCAGGGCCGUUACUUGGGCCGCUGCUAUACUUGUGUUGAUGACGACACUAGUUUAA